GUUCAUCCAGCCUCCAAGCAUUGUCAACUGUGGGGCUUAUGAGUUUUUUUGCUUAGCAGAGCUGUUGGCUGCUGGAACUUCUACCGUCGCCUGGAAAUCCGCUUUGGACCAUUGCACUUUUAUUGCCUUCACAGAGAUGCCUUCUGAACAAGCCAGAGUCCACCCGCUGGUGCAAAUGCUAGUUGAUCUCACUGCAGGGGCUGCAGGAGGUAUAGCCUGUGUGGUGAGCGGGCAGCCCUUUGACACCAUCAAAGUGAAGAUGCAGACCUUUCCAGCCAUGUACCGGGGCUUCUUCGAUUGCUCGGUCAAGACCUAUCAGCAGGAGGGCAUGUAUGGUCUUUACCAGGGCACCACUCCAGCCUUGCUGGCCAAUAUUGCUGAGAAUGCAGUGCUGUUUGCCUGCUAUGGAUUUUGCCAGCAGCUGGUGAGACAGCUCUUUGGACUAGGCAACAUCAAGGAGCUCAGUGACUGGCACAGUGCAAUUGCCGGCUCCUUCUCAUCCGUCUUCUCCUCCAUGGUUCUAUGCCCCACGGAGUUAGUGAAGUGCCGGAUGCAAGCUCUCCAUGAAAUGAAAGUUACAGGACAGACAACUCUCUCACAGCACAGCUCCACAUGGGCUGUGGUGAAAGCCAUCUUCCAAUCGGAGGGCCCCCUGGGUUUCUUCCAGGGCCUGACCAGUACAUGGCUGCGUGAGGUGCCUGGCUAUUUUUUCUUCUUUGGGGGUUACGAAGUCAGUCGAAGUUUCUUUCUUCAGGCUGGACAGUCAAAGGAGGAGCUGGGGGCUCUCCCUGUGACGGUGAGUGGUGGAAUUGGGGGCGCUGCCUUCUGGCUGGCUGUCUAUCCCAUUGAUUCUGUGAAGUCUCGGAUUCAGGUGCUCUCUAUGGCUGGGCGGCAAGAUGGCUUUCUGCUUUCUUUCCUGCAAAUCUUACGAACGGAAGGUGUGAUGGCUCUUUAUUGUGGAUUGAUGCCCACCGUGAUCCGAGCAUUGCCCUCUAAUGGCGCCCUCUUCCUCGCCUAUGAAAUGACCCAGAAAAAACUGACUAGCCUUGCUGAAAGGGCAACCUGAUAGCAGGAUCUGGCCCUAAAGCAAGGCACUUUUGCUCAGGGUGAAGCUGCGCUUGAAUUCCCCCUUUGUCAAUGGGACUGCUACAGCCAAGCCAUCUCAAAGAGUUCUUGGAGGGCAUGCCAGGCCUGAGAGAGAGCAGGGCUGUUUUGGAUUCCACGAUGUCUGUCAGUGGGAUGGAAGAAGGAGGCAGCCCAGAAUCCUCCUCUCUUGGCACAUCUCCUGAAGACCUGCAGCGACAAAUACCUUUUUCCAAAGAAUGGUUGGACAUACUGGGGCAAGUGUGCGGUAGGAAACAACCAAAGGCCGCCUUUUCCCAUUGUCUCCCCCUACUGCCAUGUCAUGUGGGUAAUGAUUUUGAAAAAUGUCUAUUUUUUUAAUUACAAUAAAAGUGUGUAUCUCA